CUCAUAGAGUAGGCUGUCCGGGACUCAUCUCCUCGACUAUUCAGCAAGCCUUGCUGAGUGCAACAGUCGCAGCCACGGCAACCACGUCGCUCCUGGACUGGAGUGCGCGGAACGGAAUACUUUUUUUGAACAGCUUCCCAAAAUCGUGGUCCUCAUCGACUUUGCAGCCAGGAGUUGACUUCGAGGUUUUGUUGCCGCUGUGGCCGUGGAUGAACCACACUCAGGUGUCGCUUCACCUUCUAGUUUGCUCCAAGACCUCGGCUAGAAAGGACCUGAGCCCUUGUUCGAAUACAAGUGCUGGCUGCGAUGGCUAGCACCGACGUUCCGGAUGGCACUCCGCCAAUGAACCGACGACGGCGCGCGCAAGGUGGCAGUAGCAAGCGCCGACCGACGGAGUCCACCUCGUCCCUGUGUGACCAGUGCCGUCAAGUGCCCUUGCCCGGCCACAAAGCUGCCUAUCUGGGUCACAUUCAGUGCCUGGAAACACUGCAUCGCGACGCGCCCGGCAAGCUGGAAAUGCAGGAUCGCAAUGGGGCUGUGCCGAUCCAUCUGGCAGUCCGGCAGUGCAACGUCGAUGCGUUGAAGUGGCUGCUGGAGCGUUUCCCGGCGCAAUGCAGGGCACAAGCUCAUGGUGGUGAAACGCCUACGCUAAUUGCUGCCGCACAGGGCAGUAACGAAUGCUUGUCGGUCCUCGCCUCGGCCACGCCUGCGUCGCGACGCGACCUUGUCAAGGACACGGACGUGAACGGCCUGGCGUCGGUGCACCUCGCCGCGCUCUUUGAUCGCACCUCCUGCGUCAAGUGGCUGCUCAAGCACUUUGGCCAUCGCCUCGUUGUCCUGCAGAGCAUCUCUGGCAUCACACCAGUGCAUAUAGCUGCUGCCACUGGUCAUCUCCCCGUCUUGAAAACACUCCUGAAGUCCAACAAGAAGGGAGCAACCUUGGUCGAUGCAUCAGGUGCUACACCAGCGUACUUUGCAGCACAGGAGGGCAAGCUGGAUUGUCUACGCUAUCUGGUGCUGCACAGCAAGCUGGAUGCUCUGGCACGCUGUGACGAUGGCAUGACGGCAGUGCACGCCGCAGCGCAGGGCGGAUACCUGGACAUACUGAAGUUUCUCGUGGAGGUACUCGGAGAAGGUGCGGUGGUGACACCCAUGCAGGACAAGGGAACGCCAGUGCACUUUGCUGCUGCACUGGGCCACGACGAGGUGCUCGAGUGGAUGCUGUCGUUGAAAAGCAUGGGAGAUGCAGUGGAUCUGACCGACGAGGACCUGGGAACACCAGCUCACGACGCAGCAGACAACGGCCAGGUGAAGUGCCUGCGAGUACUGAAGGUACAUGGUGCAAACAUGAACGUAAAGGACAAGGAUGGUGCUACUCCCAUCUCGCUGGCUCUGGAGAGCGAUAACCCCGAGUGCAGAAAGUGGGCGUUGGAAGAGCGCAAGCUGAUCGACCCGGCAAAGCGCCCGUCCAGGAUGGAGGCCGAUGCCCUAGCUACCAAUGAGCUGACCAAGCUGGCGAUGGAGGGCAAACGCCACGUCUUGCCUGGCGUUGUUGAGCAAACAACAACAACAACAACAACAACAACAACAACAACAACAUUGACAGUCCCUGACCUAGGCGUGCCGGCAGCACCAUCGAGGAAGAAGAGCGACAACCCUGAUUCGGACAUCUAUGCCGUGCCGCAAAAAGCCCGUGGACAGAAGAAACAGUGGGACGGCAGCGGGCCGGCUCGACUGCCAGCACCCGAGGCCGAGAAGGCUGCUGAAAACGCAAUGGCUGUGGUCAACGAGACACCUGCAAGCACCCCGGCCGACCAGAGCUCAGACGAGAGCGAGCCUGAUGACGACAUCGUGCCGCCACCGCCGUCAUCUAACGGACUGGGGCCUCCGCUCAUGGGCUCCACGCCGGUCAAGGCGGCAACGCUACCGAGGUCGGUCAGUUCGGCGAGCUACGCCAGCACUGCCGGCCCAGCGCUGCCACCGCGUACCGACCAGUCGAAUGAAUUCAUGGACCAGACCGAUGGCUCAAGUGCUGCCGGCGCUGCUGGACAUAGCUCCGGUGUGACGGAGAGAUCCACUGACAGUGGCGACCUAACCGAUGGUUUGGAUCAAGUUGCCAGUCAGCUGAUGAUCACGCCAAAGAAAGCUGCCCCGGCCAUGGGACAGCGACCGAAAUCCGCCACUACAUCCAGAACACAAACCGCCAACUUCAAUCUGGACCUAUCGCGCAGCAACUCCGACCCAAACACACCGACAAAGUUGAUAUUCGACAAGAACGGACGGCCUAUUCCAGCAGUGCCAUACCCCAGACUCACUCGCCAGGGCAUGUUUGAUUCACCUACGCACAGUCCGAAGGCUUCUCCGGUCGCAUCGCCCUCUGGGUCGCCACUCGUCCUCCGAAAACCGUUUGCUUUCGCUGCAAAGCCUCCAAGCUCGCCGACGGUGUCGCGAGCCCACAGCCUACCAAAGACGCAUGCGAAUGAGGCGGCCGAAACCGCUGCAUCUCUCCGCAAGAAGUCAGCGUCACUUGGAAAUGCUGACUCGUCACACCACAACUUCAUCAAGAAAACAGACGUCGCAGACUUCCUUCGUGAAGACGAUGACGACGAUGCCUCGUGAACACCGGCUCUACCUGGUAACGGCUGAGAUGACUACUGUCAGCGUACAAUACGCUAACACAGCAAGCAGCACACCCACGCUGAGCGGUAAUUACAUGCCGACGGCAGUUUUUGAGGACCAUCUCCAAGACCAGCACCAGUACCGUAUUUCCUUGAACACGCCCCUUGAUUACAUGGCCUAACACACAAUGAUGAUGAUGAUGAUGGCCAUGGCAGUUCAAGUAACGCCGGUACAAAUUCUGCUCAACAGGACAACUUGACACUUUAGUCGCCUCACCCUGCACAUAUCUAUUACAAGUCCACAAGACAGGAGAUCAUGCCUCUCACAUCAUUCUAGAUCGGCAUCAAGUAUAUCAUUUCAUGCCCCACUAACAUCUGUACAUACUAGUAGUUGAGUGUCCCCCCCCCCCCCCCCCCCUCAUGUCCAUACGUUGAGCACAGUUGAUCAGAACCACCUCAAAUAGCAAGACGUGUACUUGACGAGUACGACUUUAGUGCUUGCAUGCAGAGACUGGCGAAAGUAUUUUCAUUUUGGAAACUGUGUACCAAGACUCUGCAUCAAAGCCAGCCACCCACAUGUACAUAAUAAUGGUAGCGGCGACUAUUAGCGGCUAUUUGGUUAUACCAUUAUUUGACGCAUUUUGUACUGAGCGGCACCUUUUAAAAGUGGCGACUGGUUUGCCACUUAAUGCAAAGCAUUAUAGCAAAAGUCCAUAAUCCCGGACUCUUAAUUAUAGGAAUGAUGUCAUUGUGGUGACAUGGGAGAUUGA